AUGCUCUCCUCGGGCAAGGGCAGCAGCCCACGGCGCGUGCUCGACUCCCUCUCCACCAGCAAGCCCGCGCGGUGGCAAUGGCAGCGGCCCGUCCAGCGCCGCACCACCGUCCUCGCCCUCCUCUCCCUCCUCGCCCUCUGCGCCUACGUUCUCCUCCUCUCCCAGCCGUCGCUCUCCCUCGCCGCCCUCCCCCUCGCGCGCGACCCGUCGACUGCGGGAGGGCCCCCGCCCACGACCGACGCCUGGCGCCUCGCGGCGCACAAGAAGCUCGACUGGAAGAAGCUAGCCGCGCUCCACCAAGCCGCGUCCGCACGCCCUGACCUGGUGCUCGACGCGCCGCACGAGCUCGCUGCGCUCUCGUCGUUCCUAGCCGCGCUUCCGGAGAACCAUAUCCCGGCCGGCGUCGACCCUGCCGCGCCGCUCGACCCGAGCCUCGUUCUGGACUUCGAUACCCGUGGCGACAACGCGCGCGAGGAGCUUGAGGAGGUCGUUCACGACGUAUGGACGCGGAAUCCCGUCAUCCUCUACGGCAAGCUGCACUCCUCCGUCUCACGAGAGAUCAAGGCGAUGCUCUCCGACAUGUAUCUCAAGCCCGCGCCCACUAUCUUUGACGUCGACAUGCGCGCCGACGCGCCGGUGCUCGAGCCACUUCUGCUCCGGCUCACCGGGGCCUCUUCGCUUCCGGUGCUCAUCGUCGGUGGCCACCCGAUCACGGACCUCGACGUCGUCCGCAAGCUCAACGCGGACGGCACGCUCAAGAAGAUGGUCUCCACCGCCGGCGCCAAGAUCGACGGCGCACGGAGGAAAAAGGGCGGCAGGCGGGCAUAA